GCGGUAGCCUUCACUUGGGAAGGCCGCAGGUGAGCGAAGAGAGCAUGGCGGCUUCUACUGGCUCGUGGUCGACUUCUGCAGCUGCUCCGUUUGUCUCGAGCGACAGAUGCACUAGGCGUUGAGCUCAGCGAAAGGGGUCGCCAUGGAGUACGCCGUUGAGGGCGAGUACCUGCGGGACCGGUCUCCACGACCGCCCGACGACGACGACGACGUCGAGAACGACGACUCACGCGCGUUCAUCGGCUUCUGGCCUCGGGCGCUGGUCGACAGCGAGGCCCCGGACUCGGAGCAGGGACCAUGGGCGGCGCUGCCGGACGUCCUUCUAGAGACCGUGUACAGCAUGGUGCCGAUCGCCGACCGGUACGCCAUGUCGCAGGUCUGCCGCAACUGGUACCGCGUCUUCUAUUCGCCGCGCGUCUGGUCCGUGUUCGUGCUCGACGACCGGACCAUGACGCGGCGCAAGUUCAACUACUACAUGGGCUACCAGCACCUGCUCGACCACUACCGGACGCAGAUCUGCGUGCACAAGAUCGGCCGCCACAUCCGGCACCUUCUCAUUCCCGCCAUGUCCAACUUCUUCAACCUCUACGAGUUCAUGGUCAUCAUGGCCUACUUCGGCGAGCGGAACAACGCACUCGGACACCUGCGACGAUUCGAAUUCACCUUCGGCUGCCACCUGCUGGGCAACAACUCCGACGGCCAGAGGCCGCAGGACAGCGUCUUCGGCACCGGAGGCAAGCUGCUGGAGUCGCUCAAGCGUCUCAUGUGCUGUUUCACGGGUCUUCGUCACCUGGCCCUGACUGACUUGCUCCUGGAGCCUCACGAGGCCAAGUUCCUCCUCGACGACGUGGCCGAGACCUGCAUGACGACGCUGCGGACGCUGAGGCUCGUCAACUGUUCCAAGGAGCCGUACCCGUUCCUGCACGCCGGGGUAUUUCUCAACCUGACCGCGCUCUACAUCUCGCCGCAGCACCUGGACGACGACCUGGUGACGCUGCUGAGCUACACGUCCCUACGGGACCUGCACUUGAUCCAGACCACGUACACCGAGAUGGGGCUUCGCGUGGCGCCCCGCGUCUGGAGGGAAUGCCGGAGGGCGGCGCCCAGGCUCAGGGUGCACCUCUCCGUCGAGGGCACGGUGGCCAAAGAGAUAAUAUGGCAGGACUGUGCGCCGGUGCACUCGAUAAUCUACAAGACGGCCUACAACCAGGUGGGGCCGGAGUCUGCGCUGACGGCCGCCACUUAUUACGCCGAGGACCUGAGGACGUACGCCUUUCUUGGGUUGCCGAGAUUCCACAUGGCCAAGCGCUUCGUUGAUAGACCGGACUCCGCGCUGGUGUUGCUGUGCCGGUCGUGCCGCCGACUGGAGACGCUGGUGAUACGCGAGCGCAUUUCGACGGCCACCGUGCUCCUGCUGGCCUACCACGGCCGCUCGCUGCGUCGAUUCGUGGUGCGCGGCAACGCGGUGAUCAAGAAGUGCGACUGGCCUCGGAAUCCCGAGUGGAGCGACGAGUUCUACGCCUGGCUGCGACACACGGCGCAGUCGUACGACGCCGUCUGCCAGGAAGUGUCGCAGAUUCUGGGCUUCGCCUGGGCGCCCCUGACGGACAAGCAGUUCAAGACCAUCGUGCUGCACGAGUCCGGAAGCAGGGAUUUCUUCCCGGUGUCCCCGCAGAGUUCCAUGGGCGACUUCCGGUUCCCGGCUGCCGAGCACAGGCUUUCCUUUUCAUCCAGUGGUUCGUUUCUCGCCCAUCUGAAGCUGGCUUCGAGGGCGCCAUGACUGUGGUGAUCGUCACCUGCUGGUUGACAACUCCAAACUGAAGCACGGAACGUGACCAGCCGUUGUCAAGGGAACACUAAAAUGAAUUUAUUUUAGAUCGGUAUAAGGUAGUCUUUCAAAGCUCUAUUUUCGUUCGUUUGGGAGAAGGAGCUAUAAUUUAUCGCGCUAAAUAGUUUCGACAGCAUUUUGUGGAUUCUACCAACCGAUAAUCUCACACCAACCGUUACAUAGUGUUCGAAAGUUAAUUCCGAUUAUUUUACCAUAUGAGUCGUAUUUUAGGGCAACUUUCAUGACAGUAAAUUUCCUAACAACCAGUCCGCCACAUACACAAACACUACACAGGCGCGACUAGACGAGCCAGCGAAGGAGUUGUUUGUAGUACACAUAUCCCCAUGGUGAGGGGUGAUCGCUUGCGCCGGUAAGGCAACGUCUAUCGCAGCAUGGCGAAACGCUUUGAGUUCUCCUGCCGCUCUCCUAAAGACGCACUGUCCAUGUCCGAGCAACUUCCAAGUGAGCAUUGCUCGGGUGCUUUGGAAGCCCCAUGUUUUUUUUCGCAGUUUCGGCAUGGUGACGCGGGACCGCCGCCGCACCGCGACAGCGGUCGCUUCAGCUUCGGACAUGAAAGAGGCACACGAUGCGUUGGUGUUCACGUGCCGCUGACGCAAUCGUCUGCAACCUUUUCCUCGUCGCUUGACGCAUUUUCCCUCACCCCUCGACCUGUUUUCACCUUCACUUCCAUGAUCCUCACCCUCUCCUAGCUGUUUCCGGUGACAAUACACGGUGUCGAGGAGCGCAUUUGAAUGCUCCCUGUGAUUGUGUGACAUUAAAUAGUUAAUUACUAUAGACGAAGCAAAUAAAGCUACCUCCUUUU